AUGGCAUGGCCAUCGCGCAAUAACCAAGUGGACUAUUCGAGUCUACCCCAACUUCAUGACGUUGGGAACGAGGACUCUACCUUCUACAAGGAGACGUCUGCUACUCAAGCACCUUUUGUUACUGCCGCAGAGCCACUAUCCACUGAGUACGGCUUUUACAACCCCCGUGUGUCGCUUGGUGCAGCACUACUUCACCCUAACUCUGCCUUGCCUUCCACCAUUGCUCCUUUCAAUCUGGAGUAUAUGGACCAGGGUGCUAUGCAGGGCCUCCCGGUCCAGUGGAAUGGUACCAUCGAAGGCCCAGCUACAAACCAUCACCCUCUAGUUGAGAACACCGUUGGCGUCGAAGCCUUGUACUCUGCGUCUACUGUGCAACAACCAAGUCCGCCCAAAGAUAGCGGUAUUCCGACUACUCGGGGACAUCGUGCUCGUGGUCGCCCAGCCAAGAAACAAGAGUAA